CGUUAGUGUUUUGACAGCAGCAACCGGUGAAGGCCCCGCCCCCAGAAGGUCCGUCCCACCGUCGCCGGCUCCGCCCUAACCUUCCCGCCGCCUGCCCCCGGGCUGUCCAAGAUGGAAGGCCCGGAACCGGCGCAGCUCGCUCUCCGGCUGCUCCUCUUGGCUCUGCCGGUGGCGGGGUGGCUGACGACGGCCGACCCGGAGCCGUCGCCUCCCGGAGACUCUGGAUCCCAACAGGAUGGCAUCAGAAUUAAUGUGACUACCCUAAAAGAUGAUGGCAAAGUAUCUAAAGAACAGGUUGUUCUUAACAUAACCUAUGAGAGUGGGCAGGUAUAUGUAAAUGACUUACCUGUAAAUAGUGGUGUAACCCGAAUAAGCUGUCAGACUUUAAUAGUGAAGAAUGAAAAUCUGGAAAAUUCGGAGGAAAAGGAAUAUUUUGGAAUUGUCAGUGUAAGGAUUUUAGUUCAUGAGUGGCCUAUGACAUCGGGUUCCAGUUUGCAACUAAUUGUCAUUCAAGAAGAAGUAGUAGAGAUUGAUGGAAAACAAGCUCAACAAAAGGAUGUUAUUGAAAUUGAUAUUUUAGUUAAGGACCACAGAAUACUCAGACAUUCAAACUAUAGCCAUUCUUUGGAGGAAAGCAUGUUAUACUCUAUUUCCCGAGACAACGACAUUUUAUUUACCCUUCCCAACCUCUCCAAAAAAGAAAGUGUGAAUUCACUGCAGACCACCAGCCAGUACCUUAUCAGGAAUGUGGAAACCACAGUAGAUGAAGAUGUUUUACCUGGCAAAUUACCUGAAACUCCUCUCAGAGCAGAACCUCCAUCCUCAUAUAAGGUAAUGUGUCAGUGGAUGGAAAAGUUCAGAAAAGAUCUGUGUAGAUUCUGGAGCAGUGUUUCUCAUGUGUUCUUCAUGUUUUUAAACGUCGUGGUGGUUGGCAUUCUAGGAGCAGCUGGUGUCUUAACCAUCUUAAAGUUGCUUUUCCCAGUUUCUGAGUAUAAAGGAAUUCUUCAGGUGGAUAAAAUGAGUAUUAUACCUGUGACAGUCAUCAACUUAUAUCCAGAUUGCUCUAAGACAGAAGAAAACUUCGAAGACAAAACAUGUAUUUAAAAAUUAAAACACUAUCUCAAAUCAUGGACUCUGGACUAGUCUGUUGUCUCCGGAUUUGCCACUUGAAUAUAAUUUUCUUUGUCUAAGAAUCAGUUUAUGCACAAAGAAAUUGCCAAACUCCAGAGACUACCUAAAAAUUGGCUUUUACGUGCCAAAUUAAAGUUCAUCUGAUUCUAUAAAAGGGCUGGCUCUUCAGCUGAUGAAUUUUUAAGAAAAAUUUAAGCAAAGUGGAAGAGAAGAAUUGUGAAGAGACUUUGAAACUACCAAAAAGAAAAGAAAAAUGUGAGCUAGAAUACCAUGUGCCAAUAAUUUUCCAAGGUGCCUUUGCUAAGGAAAUUGUACCCACUUAAUUACUAUGACUUCAUGAUAAGCACUUUAUGAAAUUCUAAUUUAAAACUCAAGAAUUUAGCACUUUUUUAUUCAUUUUAUUCAGUAAAACAUGCCAUAAGUGACUGAGUAUAAAAUCACUGUUGUAUUAUAAUUUGAUUGUAUCCUCUAUCAAGACUA